CUCAGCUGCGGGCCAAGCUGGACGCGGUUUGGAUCCUCUGUUCGGAUACCGCUGCACUGCCUCUUCUCGUUCCUUCAGUUUUUAUUUAUGAUGUGUCCUGAAAAUGCUGUGCUGUUUUGCGAAUGUUUCCCAGUUCAGGAUUUGUCGCUGUGCUGUUGAUGGUUCUGCAGUGGACCCGACUGGGUCUGCCCUCCCCACUGAGACCAAUCUGCGACCCAAGGGUGCUAGAUCGCUUCAUCAAGGAAGCACGAGACACAGAGUUCGCCAUGAGGAGCUGCAGUGAAGGAUGCAGUCUCGCUGAGCCUCUUUCUGUUCCCCUUACCAGCGUCGAUUUUGCCAUCUGGGAGAAAGGAGAUCCACAGAAGCAGGCUCAGGAGGUACAGUCUGGGCUCUGGCUUCUUGCUCAGGCGAUCAGUGCGGUGCGGGUAUCUAUCACAAGCACAGCACUACACAGCCUCCUCGAUAACAGUCACAGCAACAUCCACAGCAUUGGGCAGGUGAUCCGCAGCCUUAAUUUUCCGGAAUAUACCCCUCCUGCAGAUGGCACAGUUCAUGAGGAUACCUGGCGUGUCUCCUCUACAUUGGAAUUAUUCCGCGUCCACACCAACUUUCUGCGUGGUAAAGUCCGCCUCCUGCUGUCUCAUGCCCCAGCUUGUCGCCGUGACUCGACAUGA